AUGGACGACCUAGAUGCAUUGCUCGCGGACCUGCAAAGCACAAUACAGCAGACCAACAAAUUAAACAGUGGCGUCAACGGAGGAUACGGAAGUAUUAAUGGUGGGGUUCGCUCUCGAUUAGCUUCUGCUGGUUCACCGGUUGCACUAGCACCAGAAUAUGCCACGGUCCGAUCUCACAAGAUUGAAAGGUCAACUUCAAACCCUGCUGUUCGGCAAGAAUUAUCGCCAACACAACCUAGAAACGAAUUUAAAUCAUCAAAAAUGACAUCUUCAUUGAAUAAUAAUCUUUCGGAACUUGACACAUUACUUCAAGAUCUUAGCAAUUCACGCUAUGCUGAUAAAAAAUUAGUUAAUGGAGAUUCUUAUUCUAUUCCAACAAAAACAGUAAAUAUUCCAACACGCCCAUCAGUGGAUUCUCUUUUAGAUGAGUUGGACACAUCACUUUCUUCAAAAAGUAACAAUGGACAAUUGAUUUCAAAGAUGAUGAUGGAAGAAACCACUACCACAACUACUCGUACUGUCUGUCCAACUGCUUCAUCGGCUACUCGAGAAUUAGAUGAUUUAAUGGCUUCGCUAUCAGAUUUUAAAGUGUCCAGUCCGGUGCGGGCUAGCUACGCUACCGAAUCGGCAGACUCGGCGGCGCCACGUUUAGACUGCAUGCUCGGCAGCCUCACAGCCGAGAUGAACAGACAGGGCGUGAACACGACGCAGAAGGGAUGCUGCACUGCGUGCGACAAGGCCAUCGUCGGGCAGGUGAUCACGGCGUUGGGCAAAACCUGGCACCCGGAACACUUCACGUGCAACCACUGUUCCCAGGAGUUGGGCACGCGCAAUUUUUUCGAACGCGAAGGCCGGCCGUACUGCGAACCGGACUACCACAACCUGUUUUCGCCCAGAUGCGCGUACUGCAACGGACCCAUACUCGACAAAUGUGUGACGGCCCUGGAGAAGACCUGGCACACGGAACACUUUUUCUGCGCCCAGUGCGGAAAACAGUUCGGCGAGGAAGGAUUCCACGAGCGCGAAGGUCGCCCGUACUGCAAAGACGAUUACUUCGACAUGUUCGCUCCCAAGUGCGGUGGAUGCACUCGGCCCAUAAUGGAGAACUACGUGUCGGCCCUGUCCACUCAAUGGCAUUCCAGCUGCUUCGUCUGCCGGGAUUGCAAGCAGCCGGUCACUGGCAAAUCUUUUUACGCCAUCGAGGGAAAACCAGCGUGUGCGAAAUGCGUCGGUGUCGAUGAGGAGGAUUGA